AUGAGUUUUCGCAACAUCGGAAGAAUUCAACACUCCAGAAUCGAAUACAGCAAAUCCGGCUACAGCCUUUUCGACCAAUUAGGCUACAACAGUAUAGUGGAACUAGUGGAAGACGCCGUAUCGAAAUCCAAACACAGCGUUUACUGCUACACCAAAACCAGGGGCGACAUCGUCCCCAACUUUCCCGUAAGACUAACCCUACCAGUGUCAAGGUACGACAAAGUACCGACUUUGAAGUAUCUCUCCCGCUUUGUUAUUCGACAGUACGUUAUCAUCAACGAUAUGGACAAACUACCGUUGCCGGUGUCGUUAGUGAAAUAUUUACAAGAAGAAGGGCCCUAUUUUUAA